AAUCCCACUCAAUUUUUUUCCUAACCAAACCCGUGGGCUGUGUGUCAAGAUAAGAAAUUGACUAUAUUAUGUUGCAUACAGAGUUCAAUCUAUCAUAAUUUUUUUCUAAUUAGUUGGACCAAAUACUUUCAAGAAUGUUGACGGUCAUAUUGACCUUAUCAACUGCCCUCCUGGCUUUGGGUGCAGACGUGAGCGUCCCCAUUAGUAGCCACUGGAAUGGAGGAUUCCAAGGAAGCGCUUGUUUCAACAUCAUGGAAGAGAUGCACUCUUGGACAGUGGUACUUACUUUUGAUCAGCCCAUUUCAAGUCUGGAUGUGUAUACAGCAGACAUCAAGGAGACACUUGAUGGCGGGAAAGUGUUCGUACUACAAAACAAAGAAUGGAACAAAGACGAACACGUUGGAGACAAACUUUGUCUAGACUUCCAAGGACACGGAAGUGGUGACAUCAAUCCUACAGUCACUGGAUCUAUCCAUGCUGGAGACUCCACUGGUGCUCCAAUCACAGCUGGACCUGGUCAAACACUGGCUCCAACAACACCCAGGCCAACUGUUCCAGGUCAGACGCAUGCACCAACCACUGCGAGGCCAACUGUCCUGUUCUCUUCUGAUGGUAACAAGGCACCUCUUAAAAUAAAUUCAGACUGGGGUGACAGAUUUGACGGUGAAUUUGACUUUACUCCUAGUCAGAAUGUUAUUGGCUGGGUAGUCAACAUAACCUUCAGUAAACCUGUCAAUAAAAUGGAUAUUAUUGCUGGCGAUGAAUAUUCUCACUCUGCUGAUGGUCUCAACUGGAUUCUGAUCAACAAGGGCGAUCACGCAUUUGCCCAAGCCGGUUCAAGUCUUCAAGUCAAAUUUUUUGGCAAUUACGCUGGCGGCAAGCCUGCACCAACAGGAGAGGCAACAUUAGUCAACAUGGGCAUAGAUCAUUGGUCCAUUUCUCCGGCAGCAACAACGGACACGUCCAAAUACAACUACAACGAUGUCCUGUACAAAUCAAUCUUGUUUUACGAGACCCAGCGAUCUGGCAAACUCCCUGCUAAUAAGAGGAUUCCUUACAGAGGCGACUCCGCUUUAGGAGACAAGGGCGAUGCAGGGGAAGAUUUAACUGGAGGAUGGUAUGACGCCGGUGACCAUGUCAAGUUCAAUUUUCCCAUGGCUUACUCCACGGCCAUAUUGGCCUGGGGAUACCUCAUGUACGCAGACGCCUACAAAGCCGCCGGUCAAGACACUUACUUGCUAGACAGUAUCAAGUGGCCGCUGGAUUACUUGCUCAAAUGUCACACUAAGCCUGAUGAGCUAUACGUCCAGGUGGGAGAUGGUGGCGCUGAUCAUAGUUACUGGGGCCCUCCAGAGUUGAUGACCAUGGCCCGGCCCGCCUACAAAAUCACUGCUUCCAAGCCUGGCACUGACGUCGCCAUGGAAACGGCUGCAGCUUUUGCAAUUGGUUCACUUGUUUUCAAAAACUCAGAUCCAACGUACUCAGCCACUUUGUUAACUCAUGCUAAACAACUGUGGGAACUUGGAGAAAAACAUCGUGGUAUAUACAGUGACUCUGUCCAGGCAGCAGCUGCUUACUACAGGUCCUACAACAUAACAGAUGAAUUAGCCUGGGGUUCUAUCUGGCUGUAUCAAGCCACAAAUGAAAACAAAUAUUUAGCACUGGCGGAGAAAUAUUUUGAUCCAGCUCCGGCAUGGGGCAUGUCAUGGGACGACAAGACGAUUGUUAAUCAGGUGAUGCUUUACAAAAUUACUAAAGAUGAGAAAUACAAAACAGCCGUAGAAGAUUCGUUCAAGUUUUGGUUUCCUGGCGGAGGCAUUCCAUAUACUCCUAAAGGUUUAGCCUAUAGACUUCAGUGGGGAUCACUAAGAUACUCAUCCAACAUGGCCAUGGCUGCUCUGGUAGCAGCAGAUGCUGGCCUUAACGCGGACCAAUACAGACACUGGGCUAUGUGCCAGAUACAUUAUGCUCUUGGAGAUACAGGAUUCAGCUAUUUGAUUGGAUUUGGUGACAAGUAUCCACACAGUCCACAUCACAGAGCCAGCUCGUGCCCUAACCUGCCUGCACCCUGCGGCCCCUUCAUCAUGUCCAGUAAAGAGCCAAAUGUUCACAUUCUGUAUGGGGCGUUGGUUGGAGGUCCAGGUCAAAGUGAUGACUACACAGAUGAUCGCUCCAACUACGUCAACAAUGAAGUCGCAUGUGACUACAAUGCUGGCUUCCAGACAGCUGUUGCAGCUCUGAAAUCUUUAUGGUUGAGAAAAGAACAUCCAGAACAGAAAGGUACUGCCCAGUGUCCAUUCUCUACUGGCUCAGGAAACACUGGCAGUGUGGUUGGCAAGAAAUAAAGGAAUCUUAGAAAGUAAUGUCAGUCAUUGCUCAAGUCAGCCUUCAAAAUGGUUAAUGUCUUAGUCUAAAAUGUAUUUAUAUGCAUGAUGGACAGCAAACACAAAAAAAUAUUGAUUUUGUUGUGUGAAGUUAUUGCCCCUGUGUAGUUAAUAAUAAAUGUUUCUAUUGUUAAUAAAAAAGAAAUGUAAACUGAAGCUAACAGUUGAAAGAAAUAUUGGAUGAGAAUUUGUUUUUCUAAUACAAUAAAAGUGAAAAUAGAAAAAGAUUAA